AUGUUUGUGGUAUGGAUCACUACUCUUUUUCUUCUUGAUGCAGCCAGAGGAAGGGAAGUUUGCUACAAAAGGCUUGGAUGCUUUACAGACAGUCCCCCUUGGUCUGGGAUCCCAGGGAGACAACUGGCAGGCUUGCCCAGCUCUCCAGAAAAUGUGAACACAAAGUUCUUUCUUUACACUAGAGACAACAUCCUGAAGUAUCAGAAAAUAUCUGCUACAAAUCCUUCAACUAUCAAAGCUUCAAAUUUCCGAACACACAGGAAAACUCGCUUCAUCAUACAUGGCCACCUCGCUGGAGCAGACCUCCCCUGGAUAACCAACAUGUGCAGGUUCAUGUUUCACACUGAAGACGUGAACUGCAUUUUGACUGAUUGGAGAGGUGGCUCUAGCGGUUUGUACACCGACGCAGUUAACAACGUCCGCAUUGUGGGGGCCGAGCUGGUCUACCUGGUGAACCUUCUGGAGAAAGACUAUGGCUACUCUCCUGCCAACAUUCAUUUCAUCGGCCAUAGUCUGGGAGCACAUGCUGCAGGGGAGGCAGGGAGAAGGAAACCUGGCAUUGGAAGAAUAACAGGUUUGGAUCCAGCUGGGCCCCUUUUUCAGUACACUCCCACAAUGGUUAGGCUGGAUCCUUCAGACGCAGAAUUUGUUGAUAUAAUUCAUACUCACGCUGGUCAUCUUUUCUUUGAUUUUGCUCCAGGGAUUCUCCAGACUUGUGGCCACCUGGAUUUUUACCCGAACGGUGGCAAGAAGAUGCCAGGAUGCAAGCAGCUUCGUGUACCUCCUGCAAGUAGGAAUAUCAAUGACCUUAUGAAAGAAUAUAGAUCUAUCGGAUGUGGACAUAAAAGAAGUCUACGGUAUUAUGCUGAGAGUAUUAUCAUUCCAAAUGGAUUUGUUGGGUAUCAGUGUGAAACAUACCGAGCCUUUGUAUUGGGAGAUUGCUUCCCAUGUCCGAAGGAAGGAUGCCCACUGAUGGGUCAUUAUGCUGAUAGGUUUUUACAUAAAACUGAGAAAGAACAACAGAAGGUUUAUUUAAACACAGGGCCCUCCCCUCCAUAUGCACGCUGGCGAAAAGAGAUACAUGUCAAAGUAUCUGCAACAGAAACCAUGAAAGGAAAUAUUGACGUAGCCUUGACUGGAACUGAUGGGAUCAGGAAAAAAUAUACAAUUGACCAGGGAACUUUCCAACCAGGCAACACAUAUCUGAACUAUAUUGAUACAGAAAUCUCUGGAAACAUUUCAAAAGUUGAGUUUCUCUGGAAAAUGCAUCUGAGUCAUGUGCACAGAGGCUGCAUGGGAGCUGAAGAAGUCACAAUAAUAUCUGGGGAAAAUGGAAAUAUGUAAGUCUGUGUUCUGCGGCCAUGGGACCGUGUGGCCAAGCACGUGGCAACCCCUGGUGCUCUGCUAGGAAUGCCGUGGUUGUCCACCGUGGCAACCCUCACUGUCUGGAAGAGGACACUUCUUCAGCAUUGCCUGACAUGUCCUUGCUUCCUGAAGAACACAUUCAAACAACACUUUAGCAGCACGUCCAAAAGACUGCUUAGGAGCUGGGACUGCAUACAGAGUUGUACAAUAAACCUUGAGAAACUCUACCAUCAAAGCUCACCAUGUGUCAAGCAGGACAGCUUAAUGUACAGCAAAAUGUUUGAUUGUUCCCUUUCUCCUGAGGGAGAACUCAUUGACGUGCUCUAUUCAGCUCCGCUGAAUACGGGGCGAGUUGGAGUUUUUAUCUUUGGAUACCAAAAGCGAGUGAAAGAUUACAGUGGAUCAAUUCCUGAGAACACACAUCCUGAGGGUACUUUUGAUAGAUCUGAGAUCUAG